CACGUACCUUUGAAAACUAGGUCAAUAGGUCAAAUAAUAGAGAAACCUUGUGACCUCUCUAGAGACCAUAUUUUUCAAUGGAUCUUCAUGAAAAUUGGUCAGAAUUUUCAUCUUGAUAAUAUCUAGGUCAAGUUCAAAACUGGGUCACAUGAGCUCAAAAACUAGGUCACUAUGUCAAAUAAUAGAAAAAACGACAUCAUACUCAAAACUGGGUCAUGUGGGAAGAGGUGAGCGAUUCAGGACCAUCAUGGUCCUCUUGUUUUUUUUUUUUCUUAAAACGUAAGGCUAAGCGUUAAUUUUGCUGUAUCUCUGAUUCAAGCAGAUGUAAAAGUUUGAUUCCUUACCUCAUAUUUUUAACCAGGUUUUUCAAAGUCCAAAAAGUAUCUGUACAAAAUGAAGCUGCAAACAAUUAUUUCAUUACACAUCCUUAACGGGUAUAUAGUUUGGGUACUUCAUGCGUCCAUUGUACGAUUCAUUCAAGCAAGCGACAUCUGGAAACCAGGAACGGCAGGAGUUUAGCAGCAAAGUGUUUCAGUGGGUCCAGAACUCUCUCUCUCUAGCAAAUCUCAGAAAAGGGUUUCUUGAAGCAUUGCGCAAAAUCAGUAAGCAUACAAGUAUUAUGAACAGUCCUGAGCAACUGCAGCAAGAAGCAAGGUCAAAGGUCACAGAUCACUGCAUUGGCAUGAAAUCAAAAGUUGUACCUACAAUAUUGACCCCACCCACCACACCAAGGGCUCCAACUCCUGCCCCUGGGUCAUCUGCUAAAUGCACCCCUGUUCAGACUCCAACACCAACUCCACCAAGAACCCCGACGGUUUCAAGAAGGUCAUCAAAGAGGGAAAUUCAGAGGUCAACUGAAAGUAGGUCAAGGUCGAAUUCACCAGCUCCUGAAGAAACUAAACCGAAAAGGCGAUCAAAUUACAGGUCUAGAUCUGGGAGGAGAAGUGGUGAGGAACAGGAAGUGAAGAUGGAGUAUGGUUCACCAGUUGGAAAUCCAAAUCUUCCCUUGCUCAGUCAGCUUCUUACAUCACCUCAGCUGAUGCAAACCAGUCAGUAUGGUGCCGUUACCAGGACAACAGCCUCUGAUAGUACAAGUAUGGUUUCUAGUCUUCCAAAUAGCUCCAUGGAAACACGGAUAAGCACUGGUCAGGUGAAAACCACUGAAGAUCAGCUUAUUACCACUUUUGUUGAAUCUCUUAUUUCCAGUAUGAAUUCUGAUUUAGACUUACCAAAACCUGAGCCAAGAAUUUCAUUCACUACAGCAGAAUUAUCCAGUGUUUUUGUCUCCACAUCAGUAGAAACGUGUCAGAGUGGAAGUGCCAACUUAACAGAAUCUCCUUCACAGUACAUGAACGAUAAUUCAGAACUGAUGAAAAUGGAAGUUUUCGAUACUCCAAGUGGUGACAGAUUCAUCCCUGUCUAUUCAUCUGGCAUUAUUUCUAAUGGUUCACUGAUUCUUCCUGAUGAACAUUUGACAUGUGAGCCAAUACCCGAUCUGUUUGCCUCAUCAGAGAUCUCUGAAUUCCAGCCAAUGGACCUUCUUACGUCGACGGCAAGUUCAGACAACUUACUGACAGGAAUGUCGAGUUUUGCUAGUGUAAUGUCAGAACCAGCAUCAGGUGGUGUCUACAGUCAGAGUCUUAUGAACUGUGUUUCAGAAACAUCUGCAAAUGUAACUGGUACUGUAAAUUCACAUUUACUGAACCCAGACGAGGAUUCUUUGACAGAUUUAUUGAGUUUGGAUGUAAUGGAUGUUAAUUCUGUGAUGAAAUUUUUCAAUGAUGAGAAGCCGACGCACUUAUGAUGUUCUUUGUUUAUAAGUACCGGUAUGUUGUAAAUAGGCUUGAUUGUACAUAUCUUAUACAUAACAUACUUUUUAUGUAAAUACAUUGUUUUUUGAUCUUGUAUUAGUUAUGAAAUGUUUACUUUGCGUUGUUAAUUCAGUGACUCUAUGUUACUUGUCAAAACUGUAUUAUUGGGUAACACUGGCUACUGUCAAAAUGUGAUAUGAUGUUGUAGAUAGUUGCAGAAAAAUUGUCAUAUUCAUCAUAAGUUCUUUAUCUGCAGAGGGUGAAUGCAUUCAGUUCUUUGCACAUAUACAUAAUUGAGCCGUGCCAUGAGAAAACCAACAUAGUGGGUUUGCGACCAGCAAGGAUCCAGACCAGCCUGCGCAUCCGCGCAGUCUGGUCAGGAUCCAUGCUGUUCGCUAUUAGUUUCUCCAAUUCCAUUAGGCUUUGAAAGCGAAAAGCAUGGAUCCUGACCAGACUGCGCGGAUGCGCAGGCUGGUCUGGAUCCAUGCUGGUCGCAAACCCACUAUGUUGGUUUUCUCAUGGCACGGCUCAUAUAUGUCUCAUUUUCUAAGAUGUAUAUGCAGAAACAUGAGCAUGUAUUUUUUUCAUCAAUAAACUUUUUUUUUUAAGUUUGGUGCAAAUGCAUACUCUGUUCACUCUUGAAGAUGACUGACAUAUUUUGAAUACCUUUACCCUUUUGUUGUACUAAAAAGAAACUACUGUAAGAAAUCAUUUUGGUAUAGACAGGAGGUACAUGUUGUGACUUGUAUUUUGAAUGUCUUGACUUCCGAUUGUGCAGGGACCUUACCCAUUUUCUAAUAUCUUGCCAGAAAUCCGAAUAAAUAUUUCAUAUAGUUUUAAUUCUAAGAGUGUACCAAAGAUGUUGCCAUAUUUUGUGGUUAGCAAUUUUAUUUUUAAAUGAAUGUAAUUAUUAGAUACAGGCUUUUUUUUGUCGAGCCUGCUAGCAGAAACGAAAAGGCUGUUCGGUGUAAGUGUGUUUGUGUGUUUGCGUCUGUCCAAUUUUAUUUGUCGGGACAAUAACUUUGACAUGCAUGAAGCAAUCUUGUUUAUAUUUGGCAUGAAUGUUUACAUCCUUGAGACUGAAUAUCAUGCACUAACCUCAACUUCUUAUCUCAAAGGUCAAGGUUACACUUGGAGGUCAAAGGUCAUGUCAGAUCUUGUUUGGGCCAUAACUUUGACAUGCAUAAAGGAAUGUUAUUUAUAAUAAGCUUGAAUAUAUCCCUUUAUGAGAUGGAAUGUUAUGUGCAAACCCCAGGUUCCUAACUCAAAGGUCAAGGUCACAAUUAGGGGUGAAAGGUCAUUUUAGAACUUAGUCGGGUGCUAACUUUGAUAAAUAUGGAGCAAUCUUUAUUUGGCCUUAAUGUUCACUUCGAUGAGGCGGAGUGUUCCACACAAACACCAGGCACCGACAUCAAAUCUUUAGGUGUAUUUUUACCUAUCUCUACCUAAUAAAGAUUUUUUAGAUAUACAGUAAUUUCAAGUGUUCACAUUUUCUUGGCAUGCACUGUAUAUGUUUGGUUGUAUUCAUGUAAUAGAGAGAAGGUUACUGCUAUAAGACAUGGGGUGCCCUUUUACUUUUUAUUCACUUUUUUGUGAUAUUCACAAAUUAAUUGUUUGAUAUCCUUAAUUCAUUUGAUGAUGUCAUAAAAUGAUUUAAUUUUGUGAGCACCCUGUAUCCAUCAUAUGUCGUUGGAUGUCCAUUGUCCGUGGUCAACAAUUUCAUUGUUAACACUAUAGGUCACUAUUUUAGCCAAUCUUAAUGAAACUUGGUUAGAAUAUUAACUGCAAUAAAGUCUCAGACAGACUGUUACAGAGAUGUAUGGUAUAAAAAGCUAGGUUACUAGGUCAGUUAAUAGGAAAACUUUGUUCACACACUCCAGGUCAACAUUUUCUAUCUCAUAUUUAUGAAACUUGGUCAAGAUGUUGACAGUCAUUCUCUGUAACCACUGAGAAAAUUUUGCCACACAUUGUCAAGCAUUUUCUUCAAACUCCUGCCAUGCAAUGAUAGGAUAAAUGUAUUAAAUAAAAAACAUUUAUAACGUCAAUUUGAUAACUGGUUGCCAUAGAAAUGAACUGUAUUUUUGAGAAAGUUACAAAGUCCUGCAACACUCGGAUGCGUGGUACAUUAAUUUGAUUUUCAUCCCUAAUAUCAUUCAUAAAAUCUCUGUGAAAUCUAGGACAAGAUCGAACUGGGUUACCUUGGGUUAAAAAUAUGAAUAAAUAAUUUAAUUAUAUAAAAAAAUGAAUUUGUGACAUCCAUAAAUAAAUUAAGGAUAUCUGUAAAUUAAGGAUAUCCAUAAAAAAAUUAAGGAUAUCCAUUAAGGAGUUGGUGAUAUCCAUAAAGAAAUUCAGGAUAUCCCAGAAUAGGACAUAAAUAGUAAAAUGACACCUCAUAAUAAGAAGUAAGUGAUCAUAUACAUGUUGGAGCUUUAAUUUAAACAGCAUUAAGUGUGGUUUUUUUUGCUCAUCUGAACCAAAGGUUCAGGGUGUGCUACUUGUAUAGGGUUGAUGGUCCGGCGUCCAUCGUCUGUCGUCUACAUUUUUACUUAAACAUCUUCUCCUCUGAAACUCUUCAGAAUAACACCAGAUUUGGUCUGUAGCAUCCUGGUGAGGUCCUCUAUCAAUUUUAUUCAAAUGGGGGCAUUUGGCCCCUUUUAGGGGCAGCUAGAGCUAAAAAUAGAAAAACCUUUAAACGACUUCUACUCAUGAAGCCCUUGAUGGAUCUUCAUCAAACUUGGUCUGUAGCAUCAUUAUAAGGUCCUCUUUCAAUUUUGUUCAAAUGGGAGCACUUGGCUUCUUUUAAGAGCCGCUAAUGUUAAAAAUAGGAAAAAAACUUUAAACAACUUCUUCUCAUGAACCGCUUGAUGGAUCUUCAUCAAACUUGGUCUGUAGCAUCAUUUUAAAGUCCUCUCCCAAGUUUGUUCAAAUGGGUGCACUUGGCCCCUUUUAUGGGCCGCUAGAUCUAAAAAUAGAAGAAGAAAAAACUUUAAACUUUAUCUGUACCUUCAUUAUACAUUUAAGGUCCUCUUCCAAAUUUAUUCAAAUGGGAGCACUUGGCCCCUUUUAGGGGCCGCUAGAGCUAAAACUAGAAAAAGAUUGAAACAACUUCUUCUCAUGAACCGCUUGAUGGAUCUUCAUCAAAGUUGGUCUGUAGUUUGGCCCCUUUUAGAGGCUGCUAGAGCUAAAAAUAGAAAUACUUUUAAAUGACUUCUUAACAUGAACCGCUGGAUUGAUCUUCAUCAAACUUAGUCUUUAGCAUCAUUAUAUGGUCCUCUAUCAAUUUUGUUCAAAUGGGGGCACUUAGCCCCUUUUAGGGGCUGCUAGAGCUAAAAAUGAAAAUACCUUUAAACUACUCCUUUUCAUGAACCGCUUGAUGGAUCUUCAUUCAGCUUGGUUUUUAGCAUUGCUAUAUGGUUCUAUCCCAAGUUUUUUCAUUAGGGGCCGCUAGAGCUAAAAAUAGAAAUACGUUUAAACAACUUCUUAUCAUGAACCACUUGAUUGAUCUUCAUCAAACUUGGUCUGUUGCAUUGUUAUGUGGUCCUCUUCAAAAUUUGUACAAAUAGAGGCAUUUGGCCUCUUGUAGGGUUGCUAGAGCUUAGAAUAGAAAUACCUUUAAACGACUUUUUCUCAUGAACCGUUAAAUGGAUUUUCAACAACAUGGUCUGUAGCAUCAUUAUAAGGUCCUUUCUCAAUUUUGUUCAAAUGGGGGCACUUUGCCCCUCUUAGGGGCUGUUAGGGCAAAAAAUAGAAAUACCUUGGAACAACUUCUCAUGAAUUGCUUGAUGGAUCUUCAUCAAACUUGUUCUGAAGCAUCAUUAUAUGGUCCUCUCCAAAAUUUGUUCAAAUAGGGGCACUUGGCCCCUUUAAGGGGCCACUAGAGCUAAAAAUAGAAAUACUUUUAAACAACCUUUUACCAUGCACUGCUUGACUGAUCUUCAUUAAACUUGGUCUGUGGCAUCAUUAUAUGGUCCUCUCCCAGGUUUGUUCCAAUUGGUGCACCUGGCCCUUUUAGGGAACGCUAGAGCUUAAAAUAGAAAUAACUUUUAAACAACUUCUUUUCAUGAAUUGCUUGAUGGAUCUUCAUUAAACUUGGUAUGUAGCAUAAUUAUAUGGUCCUCUCCCAAGUUUGUUCAAGUGGGGGCACUUGGCCCCUUUUAGGGGCUGCUAGAGUUAAAAAUAGAAAUACUUUUAAAAGUCUUUUAAUUUAAAAUAAAAAAGAAAUUAAUUCUUUUUUAAAUUUAAUACUUUGUUACAAGGAAGAUCUAAUUGGGUCAAAGUCGGUCUCAGGUGAGAGUCUUAGGCCCACUUGGGCCUUUUGUUCAUUAUAUUUGUUCUAUGAUAUAUUCUAGCAUUUCAUUAAAUGGGUAAAGUAUG